CCAAAAUGGAAUCCCAAAAAGGACAGGAGUCUCAAAAAGAAAGACAAGUUUCCCAAAUGGGAUUCGCCGGUUGGCGGCCAACGUAUCUCCGCAGAUUCAACAACCCUACCAUGUUUACCGCCAUUUUCUCAGUGAGCAGUUUCUUUCUCAUCGUCCCCUACGGAGUCCUGUUAGUUAUCCUACCAACCUUGGAAAGGGUUUUUAACUUGAACUCUAAACAAACAGGACUAAUUCUCAUGUUCAACGACAUAUCAGGAGUUAUUGCCUCGGUAGUCAUGACAAACUGGUACAGUGCCAAAAAGAUUCGGUGGAUCGGGAUUGGUAACUUACUGAUAGUUGCUGGAUAUCUUUGCCCGGUGUGGACUACAUUAGUUAUUGAAUAUCCAGCACCUCAAACUGCUGAAUCUCACAACAUGUCCUCUUCACAUAACCUGUUGUGUGAGGGUAGAGAGCAGGAGGGUAGGGACUGGGCUAACCGGAAUCAUAACUACUAUUUCAUGUUCCUGUUCGGAUUCUUCUUGCAAGGUUUCGGAGCAAAUGCCCCUCUAACGGCUGGUCUGACCUAUCUGGACGAAAUAUUUCAUCAAAAACAUUUUGCUAUUGCCUUAUCGGUAGUCGCAGUGUUUUCAUUUGUAGGAUAUCCAUUCGGGUUGGCAUUAGGAUCUGAAUUUAUGGGCUGGCACGUGACAUUGUCAAUGCCUGAGGGGAUGACUGUAGACAGUGCUGAGUUUGUUGGGGCUUGGUGGUUGGGAAUUUUGAUUCCCUCUGUCGUCGGAUUUUUCCUUGCAUUCAUCGUUCUGCUUUAUCCACAACAGAUGCCGGCUGCAAACGUUGUUUUGGCAUCAAAGAUCAGACACGGGAUCGCUACUCUGAAAGAGAAAGAAGAAGAACUCAAUCAGUCCUUUGUUGAAGUGACAAGAAGGAUGAUACCGGACUUUCAGCGGUUACUGAGAAACCGAGCUCUCAACUAUCUUGUCCUGGGAGAAGUGUUCUUCUCACUUCAAAUUGGUUUGCAGGCUUACGAGCCUAAAAUUUAUGCCAAGUUGUUCAGAUUAACAGAUACCACAGUGGGCCCUAUUCUGGGGAUAUUUCAUGGUGGUGGCUUUAUUUUAGGUAUUAUAAUGGGAGGACUGUUGGUCAAAAGAAGGGAUUGGAAGCCUAAAAGGCUGACUUUCAUCUUCUUCACACUUUCGCUAGUAUCCAUACCUUUUCUAUUCGGAGCGCUGUUGAACUGCCCUAUGGACAAGCCUCCCAUCGCUGUGGCGUGUAACUACUCUGAUUGCAACUGCACGACUGAAUUCUACGAUCCAGUGUGUGAUGAUAUCAGUGGUGUGACCUACUUCUCACCCUGCUUUGCUGGGUGUAACAGGGUGGUUCUCAAUACUAUUCACGAUGAAAUCAACCCAGUUUGGGGCUGGGGAAACUGUUCAUGUGCAACCUCGGGGAUAGUUCAUCCUGGAGAAUGCGGCAGUACCUGUUCGGAAACAAUGGCAAUAUCUCUAGCCAUAACCACCAUCCAACAGGUCAUCCAAUAUGCUGGUUUUGUGUCCCUGAAUGUCGUAUUUCAGCGAAUUGUUGAUGAGAGUGAUCGGACAAUCGCACAAGGAUUGAGGCAGAGCGCUCGAAAGGCACUGGGUACCAUCCCGUCGCCUCUACUUUUCGGCUGGAUGAUUGACCGAUACUGUACCAUCUGGAAGACAUCUUCAGUAGACGGUUCUCGUGGAAACUGUUGGGUUUAUGACACUGAAACCAUGAUAAUUUGGUUGUGUGUAGUGCAAGUUGGGCUGCGACUUCUCAGCAGUUUGUUUUACUAUCUCUGUUGGUCGAACUAUCCCGCCGAUUUGAAGGAAAAUUCUGCGAAAAAUCCUCUAAUUCAGACAAACAAACGUGAAUAUUACUCAUCAACGUGCUCAACAUCAAUGUGUGCUGAAGAAGAGUGAAUGAUUAUCAUAUUCGACCAAACAAGAGAUAGCUGAGCUAGCAAAUUGGCAUUGUAUACAAUAUGCAAAGAGCUGCAGGCUAUCUAAAUGUUCAGAAUUUGUUUAUAAACAAAUUUAAUUUUAAGAAGUUCUAUAAAUAUGAUCACAAUGAAAGCGUUGUCAGUAGCAUACAAUCUUUACUUAAGUUCUAAAGUGAGAUUUAUUUAAUAAUGUUUACUUUUCAACGCUUUAUUAGCAAUUAAAUUAUGUAGCGUUUUGAUUUCAGUGAAAUCUAAUUGUGUAGCAGAUUGAUAAUGAUGAUGUUAUCGAUUAGCAAAUUAAAGACCAACGGUCGCAGGCAUUGAUCCUGCAAAGGACAAAGAUGCAAACGAGUAACAUCAGGAGUUUAGAAAUGGUGUGACACACUAUUGGUGUCAAUGAAUAAUGAGUACUAAUUACCUUAGAGAUUAUAAAUUUACAUUCCAAAAGGUAGUAUAAUGACAAUUGUGUCACAACAUUAAUUCUCUACAUUCUGAAUCGGCAAUUUCCAAUUU